GGACGUUGACUACAAUAUCGUCCAUCCUUUUCUAACAACCAUCUAUACUCUUCCGUAAAUCGAAAUCAAAGCUCGUCGGGAUUGGAGCGCGGUGAAGUUGUCGCGGUCGCCACACGAGAGUGAAGUGAAAUGCAGACCGAUGCGCGUUCAGAAGAUAAGGACGAACAAAUUUUAUUUUCAUUCUCUGACUCAUUGCCAAAGUAGAAAUAAUCUAUAAAAUCAUCAAUUACCUGCCAUAUAGUGAUAAUUUUAAAUAAAGUAACGAUAACUUUCUAUCUGUUAACUCAAUUUCACCAAAUAAUCGAAACUAAGAUAGACUUUUUUCCACAAAUUCUCACCAAAUGCGUUGACACUUCACUAACGUUUUGAACAAGCCGGUCGAAAAAUUAAGCUCUCGUAUGUGCGGAACGUACCUGCAUAUGGCGGACGCUCAGUUUGUGUUUAUGUCAAUAAGAAACUGAUUUUUAACAUUUGCGCGGGUGUGGAUUAAACAAUUUAUUAAUUAUUAUGUGUUAGUGAAAACUGUGUAUUGUGUGUUUUUUUGUGAUAAUGGUUUUCGUGGUUGAACAUUUGGAUAACUUGAUAUCUUGGUUGUACUUAUAAGGACAUUUAAGUUGCAGCCCAAAACCAUCAUAAUGGAGGCUGAAACCACACCCGCGCGGCCCGGCGCCGGUAAGAUGCGAGAGCGGCGUUGUGCGCUCCACCGCACCGUCGCUCUACUGUUCGCCUACCUCCUCUUCCUGAACUGUCAAGUUGAUGCUAAUGACGAAGAAGAAACCGAGCCGCCAGAAUUAUAUGUGACAGAAGAAAUUGAAGAAGCACCGUUACCCCCAAUUUUGGCGCCACAAAUGCCAACUGUUAAUGACACUGGCAAUAUUUAUAUUCGAUAUUUGACACAUCCGCCGGAGAUCACAAUCAGGCCUCGGAACCUGCAGGUGAAGGCGAACGGUAUCGCUGCCUUCUACUGCGCCGCGAGAGGAGACCCCAUACCCAACAUACAGUGGAGAAAGAACGGCAAACGAGUAUCUAGUAUGCAGUCCCGCUACCAAGUGUCUCCGAUGGACGCUGCAGCAGGACCGGCGGCUAACGGAGCUGUUCUCCGCAUUGAACCGGUACGAGCUCAACGCGAUGAUGCUACUUAUGAGUGCGUGGCGGAGAAUGGCGUCGGUGAUGCUGUCACUGCUGUAGCUACCCUGACUGUGUUUGAAGCGGACAAAGCCCCACCUGGUUUCCCCAGCAUCGCGCCGCCACCUACGACCAUGGUGGUGGAAGUUGGCCACACCGCCACUCUCCCCUGCCAAGCCACUGGCAACCCCUCGCCGAAGGUUAGGUGGCUGUGGAACUCCUUGCCGCUUGAUGUGGCCUCCAAUCCCAGAUACGCGCUACUGAAUGACAAGAUGCAUGGUACAUUGCAAAUAGUGAAGAGUGAAGAGGAGGACCACGGCAAGUUCGAGUGCGUCGCUGAGAACUCCAUCGGAACUGAGUUCUCGAAGCCUACAGUACUUUAUGUUAAAGUGAGACGUGUAGCCCCGCAGUUCUCGAUCCCGCCACCACCAAAGUCAGAGGUGAUGCUGGGAGGAAACCUGACCCUGAAGUGCGUUGCCUUCGGAUCACCCAUGCCCACUGUUAAAUGGAGAAAAGGUUUGACGAAAUGGUUGACGCCGGAGGAUAACCCGCCACUUGGUCUGAACACCCUCAAGUUAGAAGACAUCAGGGAAUCUGCGAACUACACGUGUGAGGCUGCUAGUGUACUUGGUGUUAUCGAAGCUGUGGCUGAGGUCAAAGUGCAAUCGCUACCCGGGCCUCCGACUGAAGUGCGUCCCUCCGAGAUCACAGCUACGACAGUCCGGCUCACGUGGACCUACAGCGGGCCGGAGGAACCACAGUACUACGUCAUUCAAUAUAAACCGAAAUAUGCUAACCAGGCAUUCAGCGAGAUCUCAGGGGUCAUCACUCAGUAUUACUCAGUAACGAAUCUAUCGCCAUACACGGAGUAUGAAAUGUACGUGAUUGCGGUCAACAACAUCGGUAGAGGGCCACCUUCAGCGCCGGCCGUCAUCACCACCGGAGAAACUGUGGAUUCCUUGUAUGGAGGUGCCAAACCGGGUUCAGCGCCAAGGAAUGUGCAAGUUCGGCCUCUAAGUUCUAGCACAAUGGUGAUACAAUGGGACGAACCAGAGACGCCGAACGGACAAGUUACGGGCUACAAAAUUUACUACACUACGGAUCCAUCGCAAUCAAUGCAGUCUUGGCACUCUCAAAUGAUGGACAACAGUCACCUGACCACCAUCAGUGAGUUGACACCUCACACUGUCUACACAAUACGAGUGCAGGCCUUCACGUCCGUGGGCCCUGGACCCAUGUCUGCGCCCGUACAAGUCAAGACCCAGCAAGGAGUCCCAUCGCAACCUUCGAACUUAGUGGCCGUGGAAGCAGGAGAAACCUCGGUGACUCUCUCGUGGAGGAGGCCAGCUCAUGCUGGAGACAACAUCGUGUCUUACGAGCUGUACUGGAACGACACUUAUGCCAAGGAACAUCAUAGGAAGCGGAUCCCAAUAACAGAAACAUAUACUCUGAACGGCCUGUACCCCAACACGCUGUACUACAUCUGGCUGGCGGCGCGGUCGCAGCGCGGGGAGGGCGCCACCACGCCGCCCAUCGCGGUGCGGACCAAGCAAUAUGUUCCCGGCGCGCCCCCGAUGAAUGUGACGGCGGUGGCGGUGUCGCCCACCGCCGUGCGCGUGUCUUGGCAACCGCCGCCCGCCGAGCGAGCCAACGGCCGGAUCGCUUACUACAAGCUGCUUUGCGUGGAAUCUGGGAGGGGGGAUUCAGAGGCGAUGGUGGUGAAACUGAACCAGACGUCGUUCGUACUGGACGAACUGCGGCGCUGGACUGAGUACCGCAUCUGGGUGCUGGCGGGCACCAGCGUGGGGGAUGGGCCCGCCUCCUACCCCGUCACCGUCCGCACGCACGAAGACGUACCCGGAGAGCCCCAGGACGUGAAGGUCGUUGCCAUCAACUCCACGUCUAUCCAUGUAACAUGGAAGCCCCCACAGGAAAAAGAGAAAAACGGGAUUAUCCGAGGGUACCACGUCCAUGUGCAAGAAGUACGAGACGAGGGCAAAGGACUUCUUAACGACCCAAUGCGGUUCAACGUAAUGGACGACACGACUCUCGAAUUGAACGUAUCGGGGCUCCAACCGGAUACGCGGUACAACGUGCAAGUGGCUGCUCUGACGAGGAAGGGGGACGGUGACCGAAGUACGCCGGUGUCUGUGAAGACGCCUGGCGGUGUGCCAAACAGGCCUACCGUCAACCUGAAGGUUUUGGAAAGGGAGCCCGUCGUAUCAAUAGAACUGGAAUGGAGCAAGCCAUCUCAAACAUACGGCGAUUUACUCGGGUAUAGGUUGAGAUAUGGUGUAAAAGAUCAACCUCUGGAAGAAGUAAAUUUCCCUGGUACUAAAAUACAUUCGUAUAAAAUAAAUGAUUUAGAAAGAGGUGUCCAGUACGAGUAUAGAGUAGCAGGUAAAAACCACAUCGGAAUAGGUCAAGAGACAAUCAAAUAUUGGCUCACACCUGAAGGUGCUCCCAAAGGGCCUCCGACGAAUGUUACGUACCGCUUCCAAACACCCGACAUCAUUAGUAUCACGUGGGAACCUCCAAUCCGUGCUGACAGAAGCGGGCAGAUAAAGAAAUAUGAUGUCCAGUUUUUCAAGAGAGGAGAUCAAUCGUCAGUUGCUGAGAAAACGACAGAAUUAACCAAAGCUGUAUUUACUGGUUUGGAAGAAGAUGCGCAUUAUGUGUUCAAAGUUAGAGCAUACACUGAUCAAGGGGCUGGCCCGUACAGUAAAGACAUGACAGCUCACACUGAAAGGGACAUCGGUAGAGCGCCCAUGUCAGUUAAAGCCGUUGCAACUUCAGAAUCUAGUGUAGAAGUUUGGUGGGAAACAUUCCGUUCUAGAAAGAAGAUCAUUGGUUACGUCAUAUUCUAUACAAUGACGCCAGUCGAGGAUCUAGAUGAAUGGCAACAGAAAACCGUUCACGUUACACAUUCUGCUGAUUUGGAUAAUUUGGAAAAGUUCGCAGAAUAUGCUGUCGCUGUUGCUGCCAGAACGGCAGAUGGUCUUGGAAGGUUAUCCGAAAAGGUUACUGUGAAGGUCAGACCAGAAGAAGUGCCUUUACACCUUCGGGCUCAAGAUGUGUCCACUCAUUCCAUGACGUUGUCAUGGUCGCCUCCGUUACGCUUAAACCCCGUUAGUUAUAAGAUUUCCUACAAUGCGAUUAAAGAAUUUGUUGACUCUCUUGGUAUGACGCAAACGCAAGAAAUACCAAGAAGGGAAAUCAUUGUGAAACAUGAUAGAACAUCGUAUUCGAUAAAUGAUCUGUCUCCGUUCACAACGUAUAGUGUUAAUGUAAGUGCCAUACCUAAUGACGAUUCGUACCGACCGCCGACGAAGAUCACCGUCACUACGCAGAUGGCAGCACCGAAGCCGAUGGUGAAGCCAGACUUCUAUGGCGUUGUUGAAAAUGAAAUACUCGUCAUUCUACCUCAAGCGUCUGAAGAAUAUGGACCCAUAUCGCAUUAUUAUCUAGUUGUAGUGCCUGAUGAUAAAGCUCAUAAUCAUAAGCAUCCGGAUCAGUUCCUAACAGACGAUUUAAUUAAAAAUAAUGUUCGAACAGAUGAUGAAAAUGCACCGUACAUUGCUGCCAAAUUCUUACAACGAAAUAUUCUCUAUACAUUCCAUCUCGGUAAUGAUGAAAUGUAUGAAGGCUUUUUGAACAGGAAAUUGAAUCCUAGUAAAAAGUAUCGAGUAUUCGUCCGUGCGGUUGUAGAUACUCCUCAAAAGCAUUUAUAUACGUCCAGUCCAUUUUCAGAAUAUUUGUCGCUAGAUAUGCGUGAAGCACCUCCUGGUGAAGAACCUAGUAGGCCUGAUCCUAAAGAUAUACAUGGGGACCCUGAAAUAAGAAUAGAAGAGAAUAGGAAAGAAGCGGGCAUGGUAUGGGUUAUCGGGCCAAUCAUUGCCGCGUUGAUGCUCUCACUUUGUUUGGUAGUCUUGUUCAUAUUCAAGAGAAGACGCCAACCCUGCAAGGCUCCCGACCAGGCAGCGGUGACAAGGCCUUUAAUGUCGGCAGAUGUUGGAUUCGGAGCACCAUCCGAUCCCGUUGAAAUGAGGAGAUUGAACUUCCAAACGCCGGCUAUGAUUUCCCAUCCUCCUAUUCCUAUUUUGGAACUGUCGGAACAUAUCGAAAGACUUAAAACCAAUGACAACCUCAAGUUCUCCCAAGAAUAUGAAAGUAUUGAACCCGGCCAGCAGUUCACUUGGGAUCAUUCAAACAUGGAAGUCAAUAAACCCAAGAACCGUUAUGCUAAUGUCAUAGCCUAUGACCACAGCCGCGUAAUCCUUCAGCCAAUAGAUGGAAUACUCGGAAGUGAUUACAUCAACGCCAACUAUUGCGAUGGCUACCGGAAACACAACGCUUACGUAGCUACUCAAGGUCCUCUUCAAGAAACUCUGGCUGAUUUCUGGAGGAUGUGUUGGGAACUCCGCACUUCGACUAUCGUCAUGAUGACUAAGCUAGAAGAGAGAACAAGAAUCAAAUGCGACCAGUACUGGCCCAGCAGGGGAACUGAGACUUAUGGUAUGAUGACUGUUACUAUCGCAGAAGUUCAGGAACUCGCUACCUAUUGCAUCCGAACCUUCCAAGUGGAACGGAAUGGCAACAGCAGCGAGCGUCGUGAAAUCAAACAAUUACAGUUCACUGCUUGGCCAGACCAUGGAGUUCCUGAUCAUCCUGCACCGUUCCUUCAAUUCUUGCGACGAGUGCGGGCUCUGAACCCGCCUGAUGCUGGUCCAUUAGUCGUGCAUUGCUCAGCUGGAGUUGGCCGCACGGGCUGCUUCAUUGUUAUCGAUUCUAUGUUAGAGAGAGCUCGCCAUGAGCGCACUGUUGAUAUCUACGGCCAUGUGACUUGUUUGCGAGCUCAACGCAACUACAUGGUGCAGACGGAGGACCAAUAUAUUUUCAUACACGACGCUUUGCUAGAAGCUGUAAUUUGCGGUGACACUGAGGUUCCGGCUCGCAAUUUGCACGCACACAUUCAAAAGCUGAUGCGCGUGGAUCCUAUUGAGAAUAUUACUGGAAUGGAAUUGGAAUUCAAGAAGUUGGCUAACAUGAAAGCUGACUCCAGUCGGUUUGUGUCCGCUAGUCUACCUUGCAAUAAGCAUAAGAACAGAUUGGUGCACAUCCUGCCGUAUGAGUCGACCCGAGUGUGUCUGACUCCCCGUGAUGGAUCUGACUACAUUAACGCGUCGUUUGUAGACGGGUAUAGGUACCGAGCAGCUUAUAUCGCUACUCAGGGACCUUUGCCGGACACGACUGACGAUUUCUGGAGAAUGUUAUGGGAACACAAUUCCACAAUCAUCGUUAUGUUAACUAAAUUGAAGGAGAUGGGCCGAGAAAAAUGUCACCAAUAUUGGCCGUCGGACCGUUCGGUACGCUACCAAUGUUUCGUCGUGGACCCGAUCGCUGAGUAUAACAUGCCCCAGUACAUCUUGAGGGAAUUCAAGGUCACGGACGCUCGCGAUGGAUCUUCGAGGACGGUCCGUCAAUUCCAGUUCACUGAUUGGCCAGAACAAGGAGUACCGAAGAGUGGAGAAGGCUUCAUCGACUUCCUAGGACAAGUGCACAAGACUAAAGAACAAUUCGGACAGGACGGUCCCAUCACUGUACAUUGCAGCGCGGGAGUGGGUCGCACGGGCGUGUUCAUCACGCUGUCGACGGUGUUGGAGCGCAUGCAGUACGAGGGCGUCGUCGACGUGUUCCAGACGGUGCGCACGCUGCGCACGCAGCGCCCCGCCAUGGUGCAGACUGAGGAUCAAUACGAAUUCUGCUACCGCGCUGCACUGGAAUACCUCGGCUCCUUCGACCACUACGCCAACUGACGAUGAGACAUACUCGUCUAAACGCGCUCUAGGGGACACUGUCGCGCGGAAACAUGACGUAUGUACUUAACUAUAUGAUCGGAUUUUGAACAAAGAAGUAUUGUCACUGUAUUUCGGGUACCUAAUUUCUGUAAAAAGGUUUUUUAGAAUAUUUUGUCUCGUCAAAAACAAUGAUUUGUCUUAUUUCAUUUUCAAAAGUUAAUCUGAAUUAAAUUAAGUGAUUACAUAUUUGAUCGAUGUUAUCAACUUCUUAUGUACAGCACACGUUCUUAUCUACACCGCCAUAAAAUGAAGACAAUAAUAAUAUUAAAUACCAUAGAACUUACAUCUAAACUCAAUCUCACAUUACGAACUAGUCAAAAAAUAGUUGUCAUCAUUUUCCACAAUUUCCCGCCAACCACAGAUAAAAAAUGCAAUACUUCUUUGUUCUGUCGUCGUCACAGAUUAUAAAUAUCUAACGACAGAGUCCCGCGCUGAAUAUGACCCUAAUAUAGUAGUGAUGUACCCGUGACAUCGACUGACUGUCAUUUUCAACUUCGUAUAAGAGGCUAAACAUGUAUGAGUGCCUAGGAACGCUACUUAUGAUGUAUUUUACGAUUGUGACCACUAAAAAUCAUGAUUGUGAGUCGGAAGGGUAAUAAAUAUAAUUAAUUAUUAUCCUAUUAUCUAACUUAUGAUAGAGUACAAGUCGGGAGCAUAUUCAGUACACGUUGGGACUGUUUACGAUGUUGACACGACUGAGUACUGUAUAAAAGUUCUCAAGUUCUCUAUAUUCAUGAUGAGUCGUAAAUUCUUAUGAUACGUGAUGUUAGUUCGGUUGUAUAAAGCGUUUACGAUGCGAUGGUUAUAAAGUGCAGACAUAACUUGACGUAACUAAGUAUGCUCCUGACUUACCCAGCUGUUCGUGCUAUUUUUGUCUCUAAAUCGGAACAGUUAAAAUGUUAAAGUCCAUAUAAACAGUUGAAUUAUACUUAGAUGCAUUUAUAUUACGAAAGAGUUUUGAGAUGUAUUUAAUGAUCAGUGUAAUGGUUACGCCGUGAAUAUAUAAUUUGCGAUCAAAUAUAACGUAACAUUAGUGAAUGAACAGUGCGCUUAGAGACUUAAAUGAUAACUUUAUGCGAUAUAUGAUAUUCAAUUCUGAUCGUCACAACAUAUAUACAAACAUAAUAUUGUAAAAUGUAUAAAUAGUUAUUGCAGCUGUAAUUAGAAGUUUAUUUUUCAUAUCGGGUGUUAAAAAUAUGUUAAGUAGUGUAAAUUGUGGUAACACGUUUCAUUAUUGCAAUACCUAUUAUAUGAACUUUUAGACGAAUCGGCUGUGUCGUGUGAAAUUUUGUGUCUGUCCUGUGCGUAGUGCAUAAUGUUAUGUAAAUAUUUGUAAUGUCCAACAUAAUUUUGUGUUGCUUACGUUGUAAUUUUAAACUUGCCCAAUUAAACCAGCCAAUCAUGUUGACGGACAUUAAAAUGCGGCCAGCGACAUAUUUAGCAUACGUUAGUUUAUAUAUUUUAGCUUGAGUUUAGUCGAACAAACAAUUUAUUGUGUAAAUUUUAAAUGAAGUAUCAUUAAAAUAAGCCACGGUCUAACGCUAUGCUAAAAAUGUUAGUAGCCAGAUUUUUUUUUUAUUUGCGAUACAAAGAGACAAUAGAAUAGUUAGCUUUUCGAAGACGUAACUUUACUUGAAGUUUCUCUUUAUUUGAACAAUCACUUGCUUGCUUCUAGAGGAUGAUCGUGAUUCGAUGACAUAUCUAUAUGUAGUUAGAUAAAUAUGUUUUGGUGUGGUAAUGAUAUAGAGGUAAGCAUGACGAUUCAAUUGUACCUAUUUGGAUCGUAAAACUGUAAGAUGUUAGGUAUGAACAGUGGACACUGAUAAAUGCAUGGAGAGUUCCAAAGUACUAAAGAGGAGGGGAAAUUUUUUACAUUUCUCUUUUGCUAAAAAUAAUGUCAAGAAUUUUCUUUCCUUGAACUUUAUUCUUCCCUUAAUUUAUGCUUCUCAUUAAAAACGUGGGGAAAUAAUGGACGAGGAGGACAGUUCGAGUGACUCAAACGUGACUGCCACGACUCUGUAACACUAUUUUAAGCUAUCUUUAAGUGUAGUAUGUUAUUUAAUCUUUUACCGUAAUCUCCUUGCAUAGUAAAUGUAUAAGAUUUUUACGUUUUUCACUCGUUUUGUACAAUAUACCUACUUAUAUCGAUCUACCUACGUAUAAGUUAAAUUUGAGCUUGUAUGAAACUAGGGAUUAUAAAAUUUGAAGCAGUUUUCCAAACGUUAUACGUAGAUAUGCGAACAAUUCAAGUGUGGCUCAUAUCUAAAGGAAUUAAACUUAAUGUAAGUACGUAUGAACUCGGUCGGGUAAUCGGCCGCUGACAUUCGUAACUGCCAAUCGUUUCACUUAGCUAUAAUAAAGAAUAAAAUAAAGAAUACAAUAAAAUACGAAACGUACGUAGAGUUAAUGAGAGUAAUUGUUAAAUUGAGGUUAUAGUGAAAAUUUAAUACUCGUUGAUGAAUCGUGUAUAGCAAGGUUCGAACAUUUACACGCUAGAGAGCAUGGUGGCUUGUUCAACAUGCUUUAAAUAUUAGAAUCGCUGCGUAAAUUAAUUGAAAAAUAAUAAUCUGUACCAAAACCAGUCAUUUUAAUCGUUAUUAUCAUUCCUCUUACCUAUAUAUUUAACUUUUUUUUUUCAUUUCAAUCAUUUGUAAACGUUUCCGAACGCACAUGACGAUCUCUUGUACAGUUUUUCGUAUUGCAUUGUUAGGCUUAGGUAUUGUAUCAUUCUGCCACUAGGAAUAUUUUAUGUCGAAUAACCUUUGCAGUACCGCGUAACUACCACAGAUUAAAAAUAUCAAAUCAUUUUUGUAAAUCACCAGUAAUUUUAUCUUAUUUUUAAGAAUAUUUUCUUAACCAAAUAAUGAGCAAUAAUUGAAUUAUUUUCGUACAGUUACGCAGUACUGUGUUCAAUGAUUUAGUAAUAUUGUAAUGCCAUAUUAAGGUGCUGUCUAUUCCAUUAUUUAGUACAAAUGGUUGUUUUUACACGCGCGCAUGUCUCACUAAUAAAAUCAUCGUUGAUACCCUAUGUUCGGUAUGUUAAGACUGAUUUUACCAACUAAUUUUUAUGUGUUCUUAAUUUUUAUUUGUGUAUUUUCAAUGUAGUUUUCACCAUGGAAUUCUUUGUUGUUAAUUGUUUUUGUAUAUGGAUGCCGAUUCAUUGUGAUGUUUAUGUUUACAUUUAAUGAACACUGUUCGCUUGCCAGUGUGGGUAUUGUUGCUUGGAAGCUCAUGUUAAGUCAUGUUAAAUAUGAAAUGGUCGUUUGACCCAAGUACUUAAAUAUUUCCAAUGUGACAUUUAAAAAAUGAAGUCGAGGAAAUAUAAUGUGCCUAAUGGAUCCGUCACUCAAUUACGAAACUUUUUUAAUUAACUCGAUCUCCAAAAAUAUAUAAAAUUUUCGGCGCGAAGAGUUCGCGCCUAAUUUUUUUUUGUCCGAUCAACAGUGCCCCGAAUCGAAUGAUGAAUUGCUUAUUUUCUUGCAUUGUAACGAGUACAAAGAUUGUGACGACUCGCCAUUUAGCGUAACGUGUUUUGUUGCUAAGAACGAAAUAUCAAUUAUGUAAAGCCCUAGCUUUAAUGACAUAUUUUAGUGCAAUUAAAAUGGCGGACGCAAUAUGGCUGGCGGGGCGAUGUGUGAAUGUAAUGUAGAAGUUUGUAGACGACAAUUAUUUUGUAAAAAUUCCCGCGCUGCGUCUCGGGACACAGUGGAUUCGCAAAAUUAUACAUAUGUAUAUGGAGAAAUAAAUUUAUGUGAGACCCAUAA